AUGACCGACAAAGAACCAACGAAGGAAGAAGAGGCCGCAGCCCGCGCAAUGGAAGCAGCAGAACAAGCUGCUCUUCCAUACAAAUGGACCCAAACGAUCGGUGACCUAGACAUCACUCUCGAGGUCCCUGGAAAUCUAAAAGGCAAGGAUUUGAAUGUCGAUAUCAAAAAGAAGAAGCUUGUCCUUGGAAUCAAGGGUCAAGAAGCUAUCAUAAAUGGUGAUCUCCCUUAUGAAAUCCGCGUCGAUGAAUCAACCUGGACACUCGCAACUUCACCAUCAGGAACCAAAAUCCUGGAACUGCACCUUGAUAAAGUAAACAAAAUGCAGUGGUGGGAGCAUGUGGUUACUACUGCACCAAAGAUAGACGUCACAAAGAUCACACCCGAGGACAGCAAGCUUGGAGAUUUGGACGGCGAGACGAGAAGUAUGGUGGAGAAGAUGAUGUACGAUCAGAGGCAGAAGGAGAUGGGGCAGCCGACUAGUGAUGAACAGAAGAAGCUCGGGAUGUUGGACAAGUUCAAGAGUCAACAUCCGGAAAUGGACUUCAGUAAGGCGAAAAUCAACUAG